GCGGGUCCGUUCCGCGAGUGAUAUAUAUUUUACAGCAUCCCGUGCGCCUUGCACCAGGUUUUUCUCUUGCUGCAAUUUGCGUUAUCCACGGGUGUUGUUAUUUUAGUUAGCGCCAGCCUACCUGCCAGCUAAAAAAUUUGCAAAACAUUCGUCGUUUUAUCGUGGUUUGGUGCAUAUCGUUGGAUUUAGUUACGCGAAGGUGGUGCUGUCGUGGUUUUACAUACUACCGAAAGGUGAACGGUGGUGCCCAGUUCCGCAAAGGUUUCCUCAUAGUAGAAGUUCUUUCUACUAAAAUUACCCCAGUGUUCGUUGUGCAAUAUAGAACUCGGGUGUUGAAUCGACCGCGAGCGAGUCUGAGGAUGUGGCGCGGUGUGUUUUGUGAUUUAUGUGUGUAGCAUUGACACAUCGACGGCGCGACACCUUCUCGUCGGCUGCGAUUAGAUGAUUUCAUCGGGGGAAAAAGCAGCAAAGCGGUCUUCCAGCUGAAAACAAACGAGAAAAAGCUGCAGUUGGCUAAAAGUGAGGUGUCACAGUGUAGUGUAGGAAAUACAGUGUGGCAUCAGUGCGGAGCACUUACCAAAUUCUCGUUCAAUCGUUCUGCUUUUGGUAGAUUUGGUAUUUAUUUUCCACAUCCCUACAUUCUACAAUGUAAAAGUGUGUAGUACAUCAGGAAAUGCAAGAGUCGGUUGUAGGUCGGUAAAAUAGUGCGAGCAUAAAGGACACACCUGAAUAUCGUUGUGAAUAUCUAGAUGCUAGAUGCCAAGGGUUGCUGUGAUUCAUGUUAUUGAAAAGUAUGAAGUACCAGUUCGGUAGCAGCAGUGUGGCAGGUUGUGUGUUUUAAAUCGAUCGAGAAGGUCUUUCCGUUCCACCGUCAAUUCGUCUGUCUGUCCGUCUGUCUAUUUAUCCUGCUGUGUGAAAGGAAGUGAAGGAAAAAGGUGCUCGACGCACCGGAGUCAACCGCGAAACUGUUUACAGGUAGUACGCACAGAACAACGACACCAUGGCGCGGCUCACCGAGGAAAUGGUGAUUGCUCGCUCGAAGCAAUCGGACCUGGCCGCAAUCAAGAAGCUAAACUGUUGGGGUAGCGAAUUGAGCGAUGUUUCCAUCAUUCGACGCAUGCGUGGAGUAGAAGUGCUCGCCUUCAGUGUUAAUCGAAUCAGUACACUAGCGGAUUUCGAAAACUGUAUAAAUCUACAGGAGUUGUACCUCAGGAAGAACAAUCUGACCGACAUCGAUGAGCUGGUAUAUCUACAGAAUCUUCCCAAGCUGAAAUACCUUUGGCUGGAGGAGAACCCGCUGGUCGAUAAUGCCGGACCCAGCUAUCGGCAGAUAGUGUUACGUGCGUUGCCAAACCUCAAGAAGCUGGACAAUGUCGAUGUGACGCCGGAGGAAGUUACCGAAGCGAUGCGGGCGCCGGUCGCCCAACCGCAACGGCACGAAGUGUACGAAAAUCCUUCACCGCCACCGCCACAGCAACAGCAACCGCCGGUGACCCAGCAGCAGUAUCGCCAGCAGAGUCCUGUUAUAGAGCAGCAGAUGAGCCCGGAAAAUACGGAAUCCGAGUGCAUCAGUGAUCCGGCGGAUCGUGCCUCGAUCCCAUCAUCACCGUUGCAGCGAAGCCCCCCGAACAGGGACUGCUAUUCACCACCGACACAGGCACAGAACUCGCAUGCCUCUUCGCACUACAGCACGAACAAUCACCGCGGUUCGUACCAGCAGUAUGAUAGAUCACCGGGCUCGGACCAGGACAGCCCGGUGUCGGGUUACCGAGAACGGGUACCGAUAGCACCUAGUAUGUCAACGCACUCGAUGAAGGAAUACUACCAGUCGGAUUAUCAGCGCCAGAAUCCUCCUGCCCAUUACCGCCACAGCCAGAUGGAUCUAACCGAGUGGGACGAAUCGUCACCGGCAGGACAUCAUCAGAACAAUAACAACAACGGUGGUCAACAUUCGUCCAACAGUCACCAUCAACAGCAGCAGUCGAAUCACGGUCAGUCAAACUAUCAGCAGAACCGGCGCAGCAUCGCGGGCAGCACGGUGAACGAGCGGGAACUGUACCAGUAUCGGAACGGUAAUGGCAAAGGUCCCGAAUCGCGCGACGAAUGGGAAGAUGUCGAUCGGCGAAGGAAUGAAAACAGGAGAUCUGACUCUCGGUUCAACGAUAGUGCGAGCGUAAUCUCCAAUGCACUGCUGAAUCACUUUGCCGGUGUUCAUCGGAGGCCCGUCAGUAGGAACUCUAACCUCCUGUCGGCCACCCUCUGUCUGGUGAAGGAACUCGACUACCCAAGCCUAGAGGUUGUGGAACAUGCGGUACGGUGUCGCAUCGACGAGCUGGCUGAGUAGAUCGGAUCCCCCGUCCUGUGUGCUUCAUUUCAUUCGCUUCUACGUCUGAUGUCUCCAAGUAAGAGAGGAACUUUUUCCUGUGGUAGAUUUGUGUGGUCGCUAACCGGUUUUUAACGUACCUUCGUUCUCCUAACCACUAUCGUUGGUGUUGUCUGUAUCCACUGUAUACUUUUCUCCUUAAGCGAAAAAUGUGACGGGAAGGAAUCGUUUAGAAACAGGUGCAAUCGAUUGCAAGCUUGCUCUAAACGUAUCGAUUCACCAGAGGGUUAGAAUUUUGUGUGUGCUUCAAUCGGUGAGCAGGUUACCUAUCGCAUAAUCAGUCAUUCCAUUUAUGCCACGGCCGGUAUAUGCUUGUGUGUAAAGUCUUCCCCAAAAGGAAAAGGUUGUCACACUGGACUGACGAGAGAAAGAAUGGUAUGCAUCUAGUAAAUAAACCAUAGGAAAAUGCUUGCAUCAUACUGCGAUUAUAGUCCGAUUCGCAGCAAGCGUUGUUUAACCAUACCACUAUUGUGCUGUGGUAUAUGUAAUCGUUUUCUUCGCCUUUUUCUCCCGUUUCUCGUCAACAAUGUUCUCAAAGCAAUAACUCGUUAGGGUGAAUCAGAAGUGAAGGUGGUACCAGGUGGCAUGAGACGGCAUCGCAAAAGGGCCGUGUGUUUUUUUGUUUUUCAAUCCUUAUAACUAAUCGCGUGGAGCAUACGACAAGAUAGGACGCAAGAUGCAAGAUACAAUAACUUAAACUAAUGUGUGUGAUGGUGAUGAUGGUGGUAGGAAAUAAACACAGGAACUGUUUUUCUUUUUUGUUAAGGACGGACCCGUAUGGUGUGCGUGUUCUUUUGUACGAGUAUACCCAGAGUAGGAAAAAAAGACUUAAUAAUAUAACAUUAUGAAACAAUAUAACCUUAGAGCAGGUGAACAGCAUACAUGCAAUCGUAGGCGGGCAGUGGAGAAAGGAUGAGCGCCGUAACUUGUGAGCAGGAGCGGCAGGAAUGGCGCGGAAAGCACAAUUUGCCAACAAGUAAAAUGGGUAGACAGUAGUUAAACCGGUAGCUGCAAACACUUUAAAACGGUAGAAACAGUAUGAAAAUUCAAUAAUAAUGUAACAUAACCUCACUAGCAAAGAGAAACAGGGUGAAAAUUCGUACGGAACGUACGGGAAGGUCGCGAUCGAGAGAACAUGAUUGUUAGGUGGCGACUGCGUGAACUACCUACCGCUCCUCUCAUUUUGUUUGUUAUAUUUACUUAAGCUAGCUUAUCAUCAAUCACCAUAGCGCGUAAAUGGAAUGCUUUAGCUUGUUGCCUUCUUAAGUUAAUGGAUCGAGUAAGACGAAACAAGAGGGGGAGGGUGUGUUAAUAUUAGGGAAGAAGGUUUUUAUAGCUAGGAAAUGGAAAGGAUGAGAGAAAGUUGUGAUUUGCAUUUCAUUGGAUCGGUAUCCAUCGAGAAAGUGCUCCCAAUUAGGAUAUGAAGGGCGUAGAGUAUACUCCUUCAACAUGAGUCCGCUGCAGCGGGUUUCACGUUAGAACGUAUCACUAGCAAAGUCAAAUCCAGUCGAAGGCAGUACAAAUUUCGUUAAAAGAGCACACAGGACCAGUCCUACUGUCCCUGCACGUCAUAGCCUUAACGUAAUUAAAGGCAGUUUUGUUUGUUCGCUUUUUGCUACCAGAUAGUUUAUAAAUAGUGAGAUAGCAUCGUACUCUAACGGAAUCGAACACACAGUACUGGAAAUGGUCGAAGGAUUUUAACCGGCCUGGCCGGAAAAGACAAAUGGUGUGAUGAUAACUUGGUUUUUCUCACGCUUGUUCGUCCGUCCUGUGACCAUUGUGUGCGAAAGCGCUUAUGUGUGUGUGUGUGUGUGUGCAAUCCGUCGUCAAACAUCCAUUGAAUGGAAAUGUUGUUUUCUUUUCUAUCUUGUUUUAAUAUGCAUAAGAAAAACUGCCGAGCCAAUUAUGUAUGGGCGAAUGAGUUGGGCCUUCUUACGGUUAUGUUGUUCUAUCUAAGAAAGACGAACGUUUGGAGCGCUUUUUAUGUGUGUUAGGAGGAGCAUUUUUGGUCAACAGCGGGGUAGGAAUAUUAUUUUUAAGGUGUCGUCCAGCAACGGAGGUUAAACGAGCGCAUGUGUAAUGAAGAGGCAAGAUAAACUUUUCUUAACAAAAAAGAGAGAAAAACAAAUCAAUUUCAAUAAUGAAAACAGAAACUCUUGUAACAUACACUAUUAAUAAAGGUACU